UUGUGAAGCUGUUGGGAAGCCAUGGCAUUCUUUACUCCGUGGAAACUAUCUUCUCAGAAACUUGGCUUUUUUCUGGUGACUUUUGGCUUUAUUUGGGGAAUGAUGCUUCUGCAUUUUACUAUUCAGCAGCGAACUCAGCAUGAAAGCAGUUCAGUGCUUCGUGAGCAAAUAUUGGAUCUCAGCAAAAGAUAUAUCAAAGCAUUGGCAGAAGAAAAUAGAAAUGUGGUUGAUGGGCCUUAUGUUGGGACGAUGACAGCAUAUGAUCUAAAGAAAACUCUUGCAGUCUUACUGGAUAAUAUCUUGGAGCGUAUUGGCAAGCUAGAGUCCAAGGUGGAGAACCUUGUAAUUAAUGGCACAGGAGCAAACUCUACCAACAGUACCGCCACUGCUGCUCCCAGCUUAGGAGCAGUUGAAAAGCUCAACGUAGCAGAUCUCAUUAAUGGAGCCCAGGAACAGUGUGAAUUGCCUCCUAUGGAUGGCUUCCCUCACUGCGAGGGCAAAAUAAAGUGGAUGAAAGAUAUGUGGCGAUCAGAUCCAUGUUAUGCAAGUUACGGUGUGGAUGGGUCGACAUGCUCCUUUUUUAUUUACCUCAGUGAGGUUGAAAACUGGUGUCCUCAUUUACCUUGGAGAGCAAAAAAUCCUGAUGAAGAAACUGAUCAAAAAGCAAUGGCUGAAAUUCAUACCAACUUUGAUCUCCUCUACAAAAUGAUGUCAAGGCAUGAAGAAUUCCGAUGGAUGAUGUUGCGCAUCAGACGAAUGGCUGAUGCUUGGAUUGAAGCAAUUAAGUCACUUGCAGAAAAGCAAAACCUGGAGAAAAGAAAACGAAAAAAAAUCCUUGUUCAUUUGGGACUUUUAACAAAGGAAUCUGGAUUCAAGAUCGCAGAGAAUGCAUUUAGUGGUGGCCCACUUGGUGAAUUAGUCCAAUGGAGUGAUUUAAUUACAUCUCUCUACUUACUGGGCCAUGACAUUAGGAUUUCAUCUUCACUGGCAGAGCUCAAGGAGAUUAUGAAGAAGGUUGUAGGUAACAGAUCUGGCUGCCCCACCCAGGGAGAUAAAGUGGUAGAACUCAUUUACAUUGAUAUUGUGGGACUUACUCAGUUUAAGAAAACGCUUGGUCCAUCAUGGGUUCAUUACCAGUGUAUGUUACGAGUACUGGAUUCGUUCGGGACUGAACCUGAGUUUAAUCAUGCUCAUUAUGCCCAGUCUAAAGGCCACAAGACGCCAUGGGGGAAAUGGAACCUUAAUCCACAGCAGUUUUAUACAAUGUUCCCUCACACUCCAGAUAACAGCUUCCUUGGGUUUGUGGUGGAGCAGCAUCUGAAUUCCAGUGACAUUAGACACAUUAAUGACAUCAAAAGGCAGAAUCAGUCACUUGUUUAUGGAAAAGUAGAUAACUUCUGGAAGGAUAAGAAGGCUUAUUUGGACAUCAUUCAUACCUACAUGGAAGUCCAUGGAACCGUCCACGGGACAAGUACUGUCCAUAUGCCCAGCUACGUGAAAAACCAUGGCAUCCUUAGUGGGCGAGAUUUGCAGUUUCUGCUGAGAGAAACAAAAUUGUUUGUUGGACUUGGAUUUCCAUAUGAAGGGCCUGCUCCCCUAGAGGCUAUUGCUAAUGGAUGUGCUUUUCUAAAUCUAAAAUUUAACCCACCGAAAAGCAGCAAAAAUACAGACUUUUUCAAAGGCAAGCCAACACUCCGAGAGCUGACAUCUCAGCAUCCCUAUGCUGAGGUUUACAUUGGGAAGCCUCAUGUCUGGACUGUGAACAUCAAUGAUCCUUCUGAGGUGGAGAAUGCAGUGAAAGCAAUUUUGAAUCAAAAGAUUGAACCUUAUUUGCCCUAUGAGUUUACAUGUGAGGGGAUGCUACAAAGGAUGAAUGCAUUCAUUGAAAAGCAGGAUUUCUGUCACGGGCAAGUGAUGUGGCCCCCAUUAAGUGCACUGCAGGUAGCAAUUUCUGAACCCGGAAAAUCAUGUAAACAAGUUUGUCAGGAAAACCAGCUCAUCUGUGAGCCAUCCUUCUUCCAGCACCUUAACAAAGACAAGGAUCUGCUGAAGUAUAACGUGGAAUGCCAAACUGUUGAAUCUGCAAAUGAUAUCGUGGUCCCAUCUUUUGAUGAAAGCAGAAAACACUGCAUUUUUCAGGGCGAUCUUUUGCUGUUCAGCUGUGCAGGAUCCCAUCCAAACCACAAACGAAUCUGCCCCUGCAGAGACUAUAAUAAGGGACAGGUUGCACUUUGUAAAGAUUGUCUAUAGCAGCAGCACCUUGCUUUAGUUUGUGGACAAACAAAGUGGUUUUGAGAGAACUACUUAUACUUCCUGCACUUUUGUCCAGUUGUCUUGCUGCAGGUCGAACAAAUGCUGCCAAGCGGAAUUCUCUGAGAAGAGGGAUUCAUAACGAAUAUCGAAAUGAUUUUUAUUUUUUUUCUAAGUGAACACUUGCAGUGGAGCUCUUUGAAAUCUUCCACCUACUCAAGGAGAAGAGAAAUGACGUUCCAUGCUUUGUAACAAUUUGGAGAUCAUGGCGAAGAACAGUUUGUAGAAAAUUCCCAGACCCAUCAAACUUUUUGUUGUUUUUUGGAUGAAACAAGUGUUUUCUAUUUUUUUAACGAGUUAAAACAUCCUGUCAUCAUCAGCUAAGAAUAUGAACAUCAUUCCAGUACAAAAUUGGGGAAAAAAUGCGCUUGGAGGGUGGGGGAGAUGACUACAUUUAUUAUUGGGGCACUAUUUUGGGUGCUGCUGCAGCUUGAAUGUCUAUAAAAUGGUGCAUUUCACAAGAACUUGGAACCACAAGGUAACACAAAUAACAAUACAUAGCUGCCUGCUCCCAGUCCUUUUUUAAAUCCUCACGUACUACAAGGUACCGUCUGCAUCACAACUACUGUACCGGAGCACUCUAAACAGGCAGCUCUGAGAAUGUGAGGAUCAGUGGCUGCCAGAGUGUGACACAUCCUGUUGUUGCUUGAGUACUGAUUAUGAUUGUGGCAUACUCUGGUGUGUGGAACAGCCAUGGAAGCAUACGGCCAUUUUAAAAUGGACUUCUUGUCGUCAGUUUACCGGGUCUGUUUAGCGAGUGAUCCUUGGAAUUUGCCCAUGCUUCUGUUGUUGUCUGCCUAUUCAACGUACUGUGUGAAGCAAAAAGUAUUCCGCAUCAUUUGAGCAAUAUUAUUUGAUCCUCAGUUUGCUAUACCUUACAGUAGUUAAAGCAUUACUGCAAGAUGGAGAAAGGCUCAACUAACUAUAAAUUAUUGUAUCAUAGGAAUGUGAACAGUCUUCAUAACAAGCUCUGUUUUUAAAGAGGAAGAUAUUUUAAAGAGCAAUUAUGAGAGAAGGAAAACUUCUUAGGAAAAAUAUUGUUGAUCGCUUUUCUGGAUUCUUUGUCCUUUUUUUUAAAUAGGCGGGCCAGUGAUGCAUUUAAAAACUACAGUUAGUUACCAAGAGUUUGAAUUGAAAUUCAGACUUGUUUAGAACAGUGAACUAAAUCUUUUUAAGUAGUAACAUCUUUUUUUUUUAUAAAGAGUAAAUUUCUAUUUUGUUGCAGCACAAGCUAACAUGUUUGAAAGCACUGUUCGUGGCUGGGAAAAGUUAUGUUAAAUUAGAGGGAAAUGAAUUGCUUAGUCUGCAGUAGGAUUUGAAAAAGGCCAUAGUAGCAGGUUUAAAACUUGGGUAUUUCCCAGUCAUAACUGAAAAACCUCAAUUUGAUUUUUUCCUCCCCUUUCUUUGUGAAGAUUUAACAAGCACUACCCAGUCUCUCCGUUAAUGAAAGUAUAGGCACUUUAAUAUUUUUCUCUAGAAUAUAUCAGGUUCACUCAUUUUUUAUACCCAUCAUUCAUUAUCUGUGUGAGAGUAUUGAAGUCUCUCAUGACCUACCAAAGACCAAAUAAGGGAAACAUGACUGAAACUGUCAAAUUAUCAAGAGACGUUAACAGAAAAGUAAAAGUUCAGUUUCCAACUUGAGUGUAAUUUCAAGUAUGUUUAAAUUAAAUUAAAUUCAACACUCCCAUUUCAUUGUUACACAAUGUAACAAGUACUGCAGACUAGAUAGAAAUUGGUGUCUAAAUGAUAGAGUAUCCAGAAGGUAUAUAUGGCAGGUGCCUGUGCAGCAGUGUUGAUCAAUAAUAACUGGGAUGUAAUGAUAGUAAAGCUUCUGUAAUUGCAAUAAUUCUACAAAAAUGGAACAUAACUGGUUACUUAUUAGGCAUAGUUUUGUAUGAAAAGAAAUUGAGCAGUUGUUAGGAGUGUCGCAGGCAUUCCCUCAGUCAGCCUGGAUGCUGUUUGCAUUG